AUGAGCGACAAGCCCGGGGGCGCCUUCUCAGGACUACGCCCGACGUCCUUCUUGAUCGCCAGGGGCCCCGCGCGCUCCCGCGUGUCCUCCAUCGAGGAGGAGGACAGGCGGGCGGGGAACCAGCCGCUCGUGUCGCAGUCGUACUCCGGCGGGUUCGGGAGGUCGGAGAGCUCUCUCGGGGCCGGCGGCGCGAUAUCCUCGCGCAGGAUAGCCGGCAGCCGGUCGGCGGACCGCGACGGGAUGGUCGGCGGCGGAGGCAGCCGCGGGCGCAGCGGCAGGGGGGAGGACAACUUCCGGCGCGCCGGCUUGGGCGCCGGCGUCGGCCGCAAGAGCAGGAGCCGCAGCGGCAGCAGCAGGGGUAGCAGGGGCGGGGGCGGCGGCGGGAGCGGGGCGGCGAGCACGAGCAGCGGCGGGUCGAGCGCCGUCGUGGGCGACAGCAGCAACGGCACCCGCCGCGUGCGCGGAAGGGCGAUGGCGGCGGGGGGCGAGAGCGUCGGCACCGCGCUGCACGCGAUCGAUCGCGUCCAGACCAUCUCGGCGGCCAAGAGCCAGCGGCCCGGGGCCGCCGCCGCCGCCGCCGCCGGCCGGCUGCCCGGCGCCAGCGCGGCAACGGCGAUCGGUACCCGCCGGUCGUCGCACACUGGGGCCGUCGGCGUCGGCCGCAAGGGCGGCAGCGGACCCAUCUCGAACGGCGGCGUCGGGAGUGCGCUGGUAAGCGCGGAGGCUGCCGCGAACGGGAACGCCGCCGUCGCCGCCAGCGCCGGGACGGCGCUCCGCCGGCGCGUCUCCACCGGCCAGCUGAACAACAUGGCCUCCACGGGGUCGAACUUCGAGUCCAUGACGACCAUUGGCACCCCCAGCGGCUCCGCCGGCGGGGUGAACUCGAUGUCGAGGGGGCUGGCGCGCGCGGUGGGUCUGCGUUCCGGCAACGAUGGUCUCGGCCGUGCAAGCGCGUCUUCGAACAACCUGGCCGCUGCCAACGGCGUCGUCGGCGCGAUCGCCGAGAAGCGGGAGGCGCCGACCGACCUCCGGUCCGCGAUCGAGGCCGGAGACGUCCUGGCCGUGGGCGCCAUGGUGCGGACCAUGAGCCAGGAGGAGGCGGAGGUUGAGCUCGUCGCCCAAGACCGGGAGCAAGGUACGCCGUUGAUGCAGGCCGCGGCAGGCAAGAAUGUCCAGACGUACACGGCCGUGAUGGACGCGAUCAGGAGUCGUCUCGGGGUGGAGGCGCUGAUGAACGAGCUCCAGGCACGAGACCUCCGCGCGUGGUGCCCCUUGAUGCACGCCGCCUGGAGCGGGAGCGCAGAGGUUUUCCGUGCGGUGGUUGUCGCCAUCGAGGACAACCUGGGAAGAGAUCAGGUGGCGGAACAACUGGCGGCGACGGCUAAGUACGGCUGGACCCCGCUCCACGCGGCGGCCCGCGGAAACGCCGAGGCUAUGGGCGCCGUCAUGACCGCCCUCGUCAACUACAUGGAGGCCGACGAGCUGAAGGAGCAGCUAUCUCAGUCUCACGAUAAGGACUCUGACCUGCCGACGCCUCUCAUGUUCGCGGCGGCCUCUAGCUCCCUCGACUCGCGCAGCCUUAACCCCCUCCUGUCGGAGUUGCUCGGGUGCAUGUGCGACAUCGACGAAGCCCGUCGGCAAAGGACCGCUGUUGACUACGCCGCCGCCUACGGGCGUUUGGACACGCUGAGCUGCCUGAUGGCGUACGGGUGCGAAAUAAGUGACCAGACGGUGACGACCCUGCUCUCGGGAGAUCUGGCGGUGGGGGCGGCGGCGUUCAACCGGUGCAUCUGGAAGGGCAUCACCACAGCGAGGAAUCCGCUCAUUCCCGCCCACAACGUGCUGAGGGCGGUGAGCCGCGCGGCGGACAGGGAUGCCAAGCACCGGCAGUUCUUGCUUCGCAUGCAGUCCGACGUCGACGAGCUGGUGCAGGAGAUGCUCCAGCAGCUGCCGCCCAACAUGGCCGGCUUCGCGGAGAACUACAUGGACACCGGGCAAGGCUUCGAGGCCGUGCAGUGGCUGCUCGAGCCCGAGAUGGGGGGCAAGCGCAUCAGUUCCUUCACGGGGCCCCUGGCCAGGGCGCUGGAGACCCGUCGCCUGGAGUUCUUCUCGACGAACAUCGUGCUCGCCUACGUGUCGCGAAAGUUUUCCAGGGGCCUGCCCGGCGUGUUCAGCGGCGCGAGCUGGAAGAUGCCCGACAUGCACAACAGGGACACCAGGAGGUUUGUGCUCGGGCUGCCGUACGGGGCCGCACCGGACAACGUGGUCGGCGCCGUGAGGAUGAGGCUUUGCGUCCCCUUCGAGCUGAUCCAGGGAAGCGCCUUGCGAAGGACGUCGCUGAUUCCGGGGCUGCAGUUCAACUGCGUUGGUCUGGCGAGCCGGCCGGACGCUUUCUACGAGGUUCCGGCGGUCCGGAUGGCCUGCGAUGUUGUUACCUACCUGUCCAUGCUUAUCCUCUUCUGCUUCGUGGUAAAGCUGGAGUCACCCACGAAAAUACCCGCCAAGGAGGUGGCGUUCUACGUCUACAUGUUGGGAAACAUGGUGAACGAGCUGGGAGAGGCUCGGUACGUGCGGAAGCUGAGGGGGCAGUCUGAGCUGUGGAACGUGGUCGAGGCCGUGCUUCUCGGACUUGUCUGCGCGGCGUUCACCUUCCGGAUGGUGGCCUUCGGAAGCGACGUGAUUCAGGAGGAGGCGUUUUUCCUGGCCCAGCUGUUCUUCGCGAUGGCGGCGCCGCUCUUCUUCUCCCGCGUGCUGUUCCUGGCGCAGAUCGACGAGAACCUCGGGCUCAUGGUCCAGAUCCUCUUCCGAAUGCUGAAGGAAGUCGUGCGGUUCGGAGUGGUGAUCGGAGUGAUCCUGCUCGGGUUCGCGAUGGCCAUGUUCGCCCUGUUCGGCGGGACCACCCCUAGCCUCGAUGACGACGAUGGGUCGUCCUCCAACAGCCUUCCGGAGGAAGAAGAGGACACGGAGGGGGUGCUGUGGUUUAACCGCGGGGGGGCACGCGGUCUCCUUACGAGCAGCGGCGACAACUCCGCCACCCUGGACCCGAUGUCGUUCGACAUCUCCGAGAUCUACCUCCCGUCCUUCUCCACCUUCCCGGAGUCGGCGCUGACCAUGUUCCGCGCCAUGUUCGGAGACUUCGACUUCAACGAGUUCUCCGGCGUCAGAUACGGCUCGGCUGGAGUUGGACUGAUGGUGGCGUUCCUGACCGUGAUGGGAAUCGUGCUGCUGAACCUCCUCAUCGCCUUCCUCACGGGAGCGCACUCGGAAGUCCGUAGCCAGGCCAAGGCGAAGUUCCACUUCACCCGCACGCAGAUCGUCCAGCAGUGGAACCGUGUCGUCGAGCACGACGUCCUACCGUCGCCGCUCAACCUGGUCCACCUCACCACCUGCCUGCUCCUCAAGCCCUGCGUGCCCAAGAGCAAGUACCCCCUGCUCAUGAUGCGCAUCGGCUGCUUCCUGUUCUGGCUGGUGAUGGGGCCGCUGGGGGCGGCCCUCGCGAUCGCCAUGUGGUUUGUGUCCAUCCCGUGGAGUAUCUGGCACCUUUUGUUCGGGGGGCAGGCUUCGAAAGAAGUGGACCGCAAGUCAGAGCGCCUCAAGUACGUCAUCACCGCCCCCGGGCUCGUGAUGAUAGCACUUUUUCUUGGAUUGCUCACCAUAUUCGUUGGGGACGGGAGCUCCGACGGCACCAGCGGUCUCGGAAAGCAUUCCUCGAGGAACGCUCGCAAGGACAAGCUCCAGAGGGGGGGAGACUACGACCUCGCGGGUCUGCUGAAGAGGCUUGCCAACAUCGGGGUGGAUGACCUCCGGCGGCAGCUUAAGAACCCGCUCAAGGACUCGCAGGUUCUGCCUCGAGACGCCAAGAUGGGCACGACCGUAGAGCACGUCAAGCAGCUCCGCGACGACAUCACCGUCACGACCGCCAACAGCUUCCGGGAGUCGUUCCGGGAAUCGGGCAAGAUGGCGGAGGACCGGGCGGCCCGCCUGGAGGCGAGGAUGAGCUCCCUCGAGAUUCACCUCGCCAAGAUCGCCGCCCUGCUGGAGAACGGCAACACUUACAACGCCGGCGGCGGUAGCGGGAGUGGCAGCGGCAACGGCAGCGGCAGCGGGAUUGCCACGGCGAGGGCGACUUCAUCGUCGAACAACACGUCCGGGUAUCGGUCGGGCGGCGGCUCGCAGCUCGGGGUGUCGCAACAUAGGGGAGGGGGGGAGUGAGGGGAGGCGAUAGAGUGGUGGUGAUUUUUUUAUCGUGCUUGUUUUUUUGCAUGUGGGGUCGGGGUGUUACGUGUUGGUUCGAAUCUGUGUUGGGUUUUAGUUUUCACGCGGUUUUUGGUGGUGUGUCCUAGGCGGCCGUCCGUGUGUGCGGGCAGCUGCUUAUCGUGUUUUAUGUUUUUUUUGGAGCGGCUGUAGGUUGGUCGAGUGCUGCCAUCUGCCGCUGCAGCAGUGCCCUGCGCGAUGUUUGUUUCGGGCGGAGACCGCCCUACCGCCAGCACACCAACGGCCCCUUCCUGGAUGUUGUAGCGUUUUUCCUUCCGGGGGAGGAGGGGGCGACGGCGUAAGCAGAGUCCGUGUUCGGGGGGGGUAGGGUGGCACGGCGGGGGUCGUCUGUGAAAAAAACUCUGUGGCUGUUUUUUGGCCAAGCACGUAUCCGUUUAAGCUGUCGGAGGUUUUUUGUGGUAUGGGAAGAUGGAUCCGGUCGGGCGAUCUAUUGCCCAGAGACGUGGAUCGCCACCGGUUUUAUCCGUGACGGUAUCGUCGGCGACCUCGUCCCAGCUGCUCGUUUUCUUCAGCUUCCACAGGUUGUGGCCGAUGAACCGUAGUGGAGACCCCUUAUACAGCGAAAGGGCAGGGCGAUGUUGCCAUCUAUCCGUCUGUCUCACUUUGGGCCCGAAGGUCACGUCGUGGCGGUUAGACGAGAGAAGUCAUGGAGAAAGCGGGACUGAACUACAUACUUUUUUUUUCGCUUAGGAUAUGCAAUACGUUUUUGAAACGUGUUGUAGGAUGCCGGGAGCAACGCAGCGUGUUGUUGCAUUAUUCUCUUGUUCAUAUUUUCACCACAAGCAGCGACAGAGCGUGGCACCUCCACUCCCUCUUUCAGCGAUUCAUCGCUUGGUACUGAUUUUUUUUGUGCGCGUGCCCCCCUCAAUCGACCCCCGCCGACCGUGUCUAUCUGUGCGGCAUGCGGAUUCGCUUUCCCAUGGAGAAUGCGUUGCUGAUGAAGUGCAAAAGACCGUACACAUGCACGAGCGGGCACGGAUUGUGUGUGUUUGUACAUGUUCAUUUAGGCGUGUGUACGAGUGGUGUUUUAUUUGUUUGUUUGUCGGGUAUCAACCGCGUCGCGUUUUGGGGGAGUGGAGGUUGUAAGACCCUCCUUCUCUCGUGCCUCCUUUUUUUUGACGGGCGUCGUUUUUGGCAGCAGACGUAUCCUGUGGUAAAACUCAAAUCGUACUGAAGUAAGAUGCGUACCUUAAGCAAAUUUGGCCAUGGGACAGGGAAUAAUAGCCUCUUAGGCUGCAUGGUGGUGCGGCAGCUAUAGUAGAGAGGAAUAGUAGAGGGGGGGCGGAGGGCACAGGGGUCGCGAAACACGCGGCCCCGCACAUUAUUCCGUCGCACGCACGCACGUGUAUCUUCCCGAUCCACGGGGGUACGAAUACGCCAAGCAUGUGUGCGGGUUUCUUUGACGGAAAUAUUGUGCGUAAUUUAGGUUUUGUGUUGCGCCUUUUUCCGCCCCAACGUUUUUGUGCGUGUGUUUCUUCCUGCCUAGCCUAGGAGUUAGCCUAGGAAAAUUAUUGCGUGGUAGGUUAGAAGUCGUGUCUGACAGGGAAACAGUGGGGACACGUGGUUUGGCGGCAUCGGCGCCGCUUUGCCAGAAGGCGCUGAAGGCUGCAGAAGAGAGCUCUCUGUGAGUGUGUUCGGGGCGGUAUUUGUUCAGGUUUAUUGCUAUAAUAGGACACCAGUAAUAUGUGCAUGAUACUUAUACUUUUAUUGUGACAGCGGAGCCAUAGGUCGGGGAGCCACGGGCGGUAGAAUGUGGCGUUGUUCAUGUCGUGGGUGAGACGCCACCAUCAAAACACCGGGGCCUCAGCGUGCGCGUGUCUGCCAGUUUAACCGUGGGCGCCAUGGAAAAG